GACAGUAGUGCGCUGGGGCAAUGUUGUAGUUUGCAGAAGCUGCUUGUAGUAGGACGUGUAGUGAGGAACUCGCAUCUCUUCCUGCCUGACUCCUUGUUGUGUCUGUCUGAUAAAACUAAACUCAACAUGGUCCAGCAAACUUAAACAGCCGCGGGGUGCUGUUGGAGAGCCGGGGCGCACACCGUGAGGCUUGAAACACAUUCCCAGAGAAGCUGAGGUGCCGUCUUAAACAUAUGAGAAAACAUCCAGUUCACACCACGCUGACCAAGAUGGCUCUCACUUCUUCUUUCCCUCACUGGAACGACUGCAGUCAAGGAUGUGUGUUGCCAUGGUAAUCAUUUACAAGAAAACACUGGAAAAGAAGAGCGCCGACGAUGUAACAUCCAAAAGGAAAGACUUGGGCUUGUUUCAGGCACAGACCAUGAGCCAGGGGACUGCACUUUUCUCUUGUGGACUCAUGGAGACAAGUCGGUGGCAUGAGGUGGGCCAUAGCUGUGCCAUACAGCAGAGGCCGGUAGGAACCAGCCUGGAGAGCCUGUGGGAUGUCCUGCCUGAGGUGCACAAAAGUUCAGCCCACUGGGAUUGGGAUGUUGGUUCCAGAUCAAGCACAAUCACCAGCUUGUUGCAGGACCUUAGCUUGACCGAGGCUGCAACGUCCCACGCGACUGCGCCUCCCAGCAAGCGGCAGUGCCGGUCCCUGUCGUGCUCAGACGAGCUUGGCGGUUGCCGCUCCACCUGGCGUCCACAGGGCUCUCGCGUGUGGACAACGGUGGAGAAGAGGAGGUGCCACAGUGGAGGCAGUGUCCAGCGCAGCGUUGUAGGGAAUGCGCAGCUGGGUUUCCCAGCCAUGCAGCGCAGCUCCAGUUUCAGCCUGCCGGCCCGCUCCAACAUUCUGGAGCUGCCCUGUUUCACCCAGCGUCUACCCUGCCCCUCAGCUUUCGCUGGUCUGACACCCUCCUCCGAACCCCCGGUGCAGCCCCUAUACCUCUCUCACGAACAGAUCUGCCUCACCGAGGCUCGUGAACCCUCUCCACCCAGCUCCUCAGAUUCCACUCCAGAGCUGGAGCGUCGUGGUGGACAGGGGGGUCUCGCCCGCAGUCGCUCACAGCCUUGUGUCCUAAAUGAUAAGAAGAUUGGCGUGAAGCGUAGGAGACCGGAUGACACGCAUAAACAGAGGCCUUCUUUGGAUCUGGCAAAGAUGACCCAGAAACUUCGGAAUUUCCACAGCCUUAGCUGCCCUGGAAUCACAGGAGAGGACAGCUGUGAGUCCAGCCAGACUGACUCCGCUCAUGUGAGCAGCGCUCAGAGCGACACCAGCGGCUCGCGUGCAAACGACGCGGAGGACGUUCAGCCUCACACCAAAGAGGGCGAGGUCGUCGGGAAUGCGCGGACUGACCCCACAACUGAGGAAGGGGACUGGAGCGCCACGGACGGCGGCGAUGUGACACCAGAGGUGACAAUUGGGAAGAGUAAUGAGCCCUUGUGGGCGGGGCUGUGUAGCAUGAGGAAGGACAUGUAUCAGCUCGGAGGCGAACUUGACAUUGAGCAAAUUGAGAGGAACUGAGCCGGGCUGCCUUUCUCUCAGAGGGAAGCUGAUUUUGAGGACUGAAAGCUUAUCACCAGAUGGUACAGUGAACAGUACUGAUAGUCUUAAGGACAAAA